ACGGCUUGUUGUCCGGUUUUUCAUUCGACAUAAGACAAGUAAGAUGGCGGCGAUUAAUGUGAAAGGCGAAACGUUGUAAUUUUUCUGCUUGUAAAUAAAAGUAGCAGCAGUUUUCAAACGUUCAAUAACAAUAAGAACCGCGACGUAUAUUUAUUUCCCAGUAUCGAUAAUACGUGACAGUUUUGCGACUAAUUUAUGACGGUUCAAGUGCUUCUCCGUUUCACAAUAGACAAAACCCGUCGUCACGAGCACAAGAAGAGUCUAGUCGAGGCCAUAUUUACGAUGUUAUCUGUUUUGUGAGCGUCCACUGAAACCACAUUGACAUUAUUUAUAACAAAACUAAAGAGAUGGAGUGCAAUUCAAGUACAUAGAGGAAAUAUCUAAAAAGAUGAUAACAAGUGCUGCAUUUAGUGGUAUUUGAUAAUUUUACAUUUGUAAUUUAAAUUAUGGAUGAAAGUGUGGACUUAUAUUGAUAUUAUAAAAAAACAAUAACAAGACGGAGGUGGUAAUGGAUCCAGUAGGACCAUGGUCAGCAUAUGCUUCAUACAAUCGGCUAGCUGGUGUUCAGGCUGGUGCUGCAAGUGGAGAUUUUCAUCACCACCUGGCAAGCAGUGGAACAGGUUUAGGCAGCCAAUCGGUGCCCUCAACCACAAGCCAAUUGUUACUGCAGGCAGCUCAUACAACUGCAUCACUUGCAGGCCAAUUGGGCUCUACCACUGCAUCACCAUUUAAUCCUAGUAGUUUUUUGUCUCCACCAGCUGUAAGUUAUGAUGCUGUUUUCUCGCCAUUAUUUCACCACGCAAAUCCUAAACCAGCACACUACAGUUCUUCUUUACAACACCGCCAAGUCAUAGCACAAGCUCAAGCUGCUGUGGCUUCUAAGCAGUCAUCUGUAGAAACAGAACUAUCCUCAUUAAGAGAGAAUUAUUCUCAUCAGGCAAUUGCCGCACAAGGGACUUCAUUUUUUGAUCAGCCUACAACUCCUGGUGGUACAGCAGGCCUAAGUUGGCAGGGCAAUAAUCAACUACCAAGUCCAUUUGGAAUUCUACCUCAUGAAAGUGUUGUGCCGUCAUCACCCAGCCCAGCUACAACAAAAUCAGGGGCAACUUAUGAAAAUUUUAAUGCUCAUUUUGCUGCAGCUCAGACUUUAAAUAAUCACAUAAACUCACAAAUUACCAAUGCUGGUAAACAAACAAACAGGUCAGGAUCCCCAGCGACUGCAGCUAAACAACCUGUAUCUUCAGCACCUUCAACAUUUUUCCAAUCUCCUUCAAGUUACGGAAAUCAAAGUGACAAUUCAUAUAGUACAAGUGGUUCUAAAAGUGGACUUUCAACACAACAGGAUUAUGCGGGAAGUAAGUCAUAUUCAAGUUCUGCAAGUUCAAGUGCUCAUUCCCAACAAACUUGUAUUGUGUCAACUCCACCUGUGACUUCUUCCUCCACCCCUCCAACUAAAGACUUCCGUUCCUCAUCUUCCAACUCAACUCGCCCCUCAUCCAUUUAUAAUUCCCAGUCCCCCAAAAGUGCCAGUAGUGAAAAACCAUCCCGACCAACCAAUAGUAGUAGUGGUUUUGUAUCACCCACACCUAAACCUCCCCAGGUUCAAACUAAAGCUCAAAGUAAAGUUUAUCCUGAGAUUAACAGUGAACAAAGAAAGAGUUGUGAAUCCAUUGAUAAACUUCAGCCACAAUCUUCUCCUAUUAGUUAUUCAAUUAUGGAUGCUCCCGGUAGGUUAAGUUAUAACAGCUCUAAUGGAAGUUCUAAGUCAAAUAGAAUAGGUAACUCUCCUUACUCAUCAUCCCAGACUUCCAGUUUCAGACAUUACCAAAGUGGUAAUAAUGUUGAAACUGAAUAUCAUGUAAGAGCCAAGAGUAGUUCUAGCACUGACACUGGUUAUUCUAGUAGUAGCUCUCAAAACGGUCCCGAUUGUAGUAUAGGUGCAGCCAAGCGACAGAGUCCUUUGCAAGUAGCCCCACAAACCUCACCGUUAGGUCAUAGGUCUAGCCCUGCCUAUCCCAUUUAUCACAGUCCUAUGAAUUCUAUUCAUUCUCCACAACAUGGAGAUCAUUAUGGUAAAGUAAAUAAUGCUGCGCCAAGAUCUCCUUUAGAUGCAUCUAUAUCAAGACCCCCAUCUCAAAAUAGUCAAGUCGCCUAUCCUUCAGUUAUCACAAGGGCAUUAGGUAUCGAACAAGCUAAGUCAUUUAAUGAAAAUCGGUAUGACCGUAACCAAAAUUCUGCACCCAACUGCUGGGAGUCUGAACGGCAAAGAAAAUUUGCUAGUAAUGGUAAUACCGGUGGAAGCUCUACUAAUUAUAGUAAUAUAUCGGAAAAUAAUACUCAUAAUGAAAAGACAACGUCUCAAUCUCAAAAUUCUAUGGAUAGGACCCUAGGCUUAAGUGAAAAACCUAAUUGCUUUGAUAGUAAUAAUGUAGCUUUACAGGAUUUAUCUAGCUGUCGCGGUGAUCCUAUGAGUAUAGUUAAGAAUUUACAAAGCCUACAACAAAGUUGUCAAGUACAAGAAUCAAAACCAAGUAAAACCGUAACACCUGUAGUGAGUGCCCCUCCAGUAGCUAAAGUUACCAGAAGAAAAAGUACUGAAAAACCUAUACCACAUUCAAAUGAACUUACCAAUGCUGCAGUUAUGGCCGACUACUUAGCUAGUAGAAUACCGCCACCAGCACAUAGUUCAACAAAUAACCAACAGCAAAACGGCAGCUUUUUUGACUUUGAGAGAUGGAACCUUCCUCCCCCACCUCCAAAAAUGUUCCCCGGUACUUCAGCUUUUGGUUCUCAGGCCCCUUUACAUGCUAGUAAUUUUAACCAACAUCAGGCCUUGGCAAUGCAGCACAGUCAUGCAUUAACAUAUUUUCCACCAUUUCACUUAGGACCCCAUCCCGACUUCCAAUCCUCUGUGGAGUUAACACCUUUAUCUUCAUUCAGUGAAACUCCACCUUCGGCUUCCUCGUCAUCGUUUUCAACUCCUGAAACUCGUGAGGAGGAACAGCCCAAGGUGGUAGUACCCAAUAUAGAGGAAGAACUCGGUUUCCUUGCAGAACAACGCGCUAACACUUCGACGACGGUAGCACCCACUUCACAGCAGCAGAAUCUUAACAGUGCCUCGCAAGACGCUACUUCGAAAGUAAUGGAAAAAAAAUUCAACGUUCCCGUCACGGGCCCGGGGUCGGGCUUUAUGGCUUCUUAUUUAAAAUUUUUGCAAGGAGAACGCGACACGUCUCCUCCGCCGGCCGGCCGAGGCGCUCGAAAGUCUACGUGGUCGAGAACGAACACCAAUAGUAAUACUGUCAAUAACAAGGCAUUUAACCCCAAUGAAGUUCCAAAAAACCCAUGCGAGGCAAACUCAACCCAAAGUGCGAAUGGCGCGAUGGCCUCCUCGAGCGUGCUAAAUGCCGGGAUGGCUCUAAACAACCCGGUGAUGAGUCCGGCGGCGGGGAUGAACUCCGCCGGUCUAUUGGGUGCUAAUCAGCUGCACGGAGCUCAGUCGAACCUGUUGGGUUCGCAGCCGAAAGGCGUCGAGUUGGACGACCCGAGAUAUUACCAUUUGAAUAAGGACAGAAAGAGAAAGUACGACGGCACCGAGGAGGCCGCCUACGACGCCGAGGAGGAAGCGCGGCGGAUGAACAAGCCCGUGCUGAACGUGCCCAGUACGCCGCUGAACGACAAGGCGAAGAAAGGGCGCGCGGCGCUUAGCAAAGCGCCUCCGUCUGCGGCCGUAGCGCCUCAGCCCGCCUCGGCCAAGAAACCCCGAGCCCCGGCCCCCGCGCCUGCGCUGCAGCCGGUGCCGCAGCAGCAGUACUAUUACCAGCACCAGCCCGACGAAGUAGGUGCUCAUUCUGGUGCUUUGGGAUAUGGUUACGGAUCGACGGAAAAUGAUGCGAACUCAAACCGGAAGUUGCAUAAUAUUAAAACCCAUCAACAAAUUCCCAAUACCGGUCAAAUAGAUAAUUCACGGCCCAUUGAAGAAAUGCCGUAUCAGUCCGGUGAGUUCGUAGCGUUAAAAAAUGAAUUGGCAGAAAUGUGGCCGACGAUAUGGAGGGUAGACGGAAAAACGCUAUUACAAAAAUACGAGCCCUUCGAAGAUAACGGAAAAGUUUUGUACAGGAAUAUAUCAACGUAUACAGUAUGGAAUCCCGAAAACAAGAAAUUAUACACACAAGUGCAAGUGAAAAUUCGGUCCCAAACCCACCUCGAAACAAUAGUAGAGUUAGUGAGAAGUGAACUCCAAGGAGACGACUGCCAUUUCAUAGAGAAACGGAUGCUUGAGACCCAAAUGUAUCAAGAGAACUUCGAAGUGUAUAUACAAACGUUAAUAUCACACGCCUUAGACCCUAAUUUCCUUACAGAAAUAUUUCAGGAACAGGACGAGUACUUCCUAUCGAACGUAAAAACGGUAGACGAGGUCACAGAGACCAUGAGAACACGCGUCUCAAGUGGGGUCUGUGGUGGCGGUAAUGGAUCCCGGUCUUUGGAUGCGGCGGUAGCCACAUGGCCAGGAUUAAGUGUGGCGGCUGGAAAUGGUGUUUGCAGAGCGUGUGUGCGGCCGGCAGUCGCAAGACUAUUGCUCUACGGACAGCCUUACAACCCUGCUACGUUGGAACCCGUCCAGCCAGAUGCAAGACUGGCGUAUGAGAAGGAGUUCCUAGUGUGCGCGGCCUGCUGCGGCAGAGUGCAAUUGUACACGAAGAUAUCUCACCAGAAGUACCUGAUGUACACUGAAUGCAGCAAACGUGUUGCCGAGAAGCGAAUGCAGAACCCCAGCAAAGAUACCACUGCCAUACUCAAUGAGCUGCUGGCUGAUGAGCCGUGGCUCUCACAGUUAUUCCGUGACGUGCGACAUUCUUGGGCGGAAGCAGAGUCGUGGGAAAGAAAAAUGCGGCACGCGAUGUCCAGACAAAUGAUUUAACAUACGAUGUAACAUGGACAAUUUAUAUGUGAUUUGUGACAUCGCUAGCAUUUAAUUAGAUUAAUAUACUGUUGAAUAUAACGCCAUUUAACCUCCAUAGUUUAUUCCAUGUUCGAUUCUAGCGGGAAAAUAUUUUUUGCAAAGCCUCACGAACUAUCGAAUAGUUUCUAUGGAAAUUCGGAAUUGAACGGAAGCCCGAAUAGUAUUCGUGUAGUAAUUAACGUGAAUCAAAACUAUUUAAAGUGCUUUAUUCGCUUAUAAGCCUGACAUUUGAAUAAUAAUUUUAAUAUUAUUUUUAUAAGGGAAAAGAAAUAUGUCUGUAUGUUUGUUUUUGUUGCGAGGCGAAAUUGACGUGGAAUAAAUUAUUGGUUUGGUCCAUAUUUGACUUAUCACAUACCAACAUCACUUUAGGCUGUUACUUAUGUUAGUUGGUGCCAAUUUUGCUGACUGUACCUCAAAAUUAAUUAAAACUUGCAUUAAUAUGUCACUGGAAAGACUGCAAAUCUUAGGGCUAAACCGAUUUUGAUGCAUUUUAAGUGAGUUUGAAAAAGUAUUAAACGCUUAUUAGUCAAAAAUUGGAAUCGUUUAAUCAUAGAAUUGCAUAUUUAAAUAAAAUUUACUUUUACUAACAAUUCUCAAUUGAAACUAACAACAAUUUUAGGUCCGUAUUCCAAAAGAUAUCUCGAGACACAAUCUCCUCUUGAGCACUCUCAAAUAUGCAAAAGUUCAGGAAUGAUUUGACAGCUCUUAAAAGCAGAUUUAAGAUUGAGUGACGUUCUAGAACACGGGAGAACGUGUUCUAGAACGUCACACACUUUAGCCAUUCAUGGUAAAUAUUUGUUUAGCAAUAGUCGAUGAGCGGUAAGAAUGUACCAAUACUUAAAAGGCCGGCGGUAUCACUUAACAUCAGGUGAGCCUCCUCCCUGUUUCUUGUUCUAUAAAAAAAAAAUGUUGCUGGAACCUUUGUUUAAAUCAAUUGGAAGUGUUCUCUGUAUCUGAUGUAUAGGAUUACAGAUGGAGAAUAUUGAAGCCCCCCCCCCCCCUUCGUGUAACGCGCCGUAACGUUUUUCUGUACCCAAUAGUAAAACAUUUUGUGACCACCAAAGUGAUUCUUUAUACCAUAAAGGUAUCAUUAUGUGGUGUAAAGUACUGGAAAGUCGAAAAUAAUAUUAACAAUACCGCGAACACACACCCUCCUUCCAAAAUUCGUUACGUUAUACUUCUGCAAAAAGAACAUUUGUUGGGUAUAUUUAGGGUUUGGGAAAUUUCUUCAAAUGCGUCGUUAUUUUUGUUUCUAUCCUUGUAUUUUUGAUUCAGGAGUCCCAUAAUGCUUUUGAUUGAAACAGUUCUAUUAUUUGCAUUAUUUUAUCAUUGCUCCACACUAUGUAUUAUAAAGUCGCAAACACGUCCACACACGGCAACAAAUCGUCAUAGUCGUAGAAUAGUGACGGAUGUGACAAAUAGUAAACUUUACGGGGCAGCCAUUUCUAAAUAAUAUAAUCA